AUGAGGUCCGAACGUUCAGCAGGACGCAGACUGAUCCUUCUGGUCCUCAUCACGCUGAUGUGCUGUGAAGGAUUCAUCUACAUCCUGUACAUGCCGUCUAUGAGCUCGCUGCUGUGUAACAACGAGGUGCCAAACCAGGAGGAGGAAAAAGAGCAGGAGCAGGAUGAAGAUCAAGGAACGGUGAUUUUGAUCUGGAGAUGGCCGUUCGGACAUCAGAUGAGGGCAAGUUCCUGCAGCAAGUUGUUCAACAUCACCGGCUGUCGCUUGACAGAUGACCGGAGCGAGUAUGAAGCAGCUGACGGAGUCAUGUUUCAUCACAAGGACAUCCAUAACAACGUGACCGAACUGCUCCGGAUGAAAAGACCGCCGCUCCAGAUGUGGGUCUGGAUGAACAUGGAGUCUCCGGGGAAUUCUCCAAGACAAGCUCGUCUGGACGGGAUGUUCAACUUGACCUCAAGUUACCGCAGAGACUCAGAUGUCUGGGUUCCUUACGGGAGAAUCGUCCAAGUGUCCGAGCAAGACAGAAGCUUCCGGAUACCAAAGAAGGACAAGUUAGUUUGCUGGAUCGUCAACAACUGGAACAUGCGCUUCAGAAGAGUGCGGUAUUUUUAUGAGUUGAGGAAACACGUCUCGGUGCACACGUACGGCGGCGCCUUCAAGAAACGACUGACUCUGGAGGAGUACUACAAAAUCCUCCCCAGCUGCAAGUUCUACUUGUCCUUCGAGAACUCUGUGUACAAGGACUACUUCACCGAGAAGCUGUUUAACCCCAUGAAGGUCGGGACGGUUCCUGUGGUUCUCGGCUCGAACCGGCAAAACUACGAGGAAUUCAUUCCAGCACAUUCCUUCAUUCACACCGACGACUUCAAAUCCCCUCAGGAACUGGCAAAACAUCUGAAAUUUCUGGACCAGAACCAGGAAGCGUAUGAGCAGUACUUCACCUGGAGGCAACACUUCACCACUAAAAGUUCAUAUUUCGGGUUAGAACACGCCUGUCGAAUCUGUGAUCAUAUCCAAAGACACAAAGGAUACAGAGUGGUGAACAAUCUCAGCACAUGGUACUGGACUUAG